AUGGUUUUCUGCAGGGGUGAUUCCAAGUCUCUCAUGGCCUUAUCAAAACUUCUGAUUGACUAUGGAAAUAACUCUGGCCAAUUUUGCAAUCUUUCUAAAUCUUUAAUUUAUGCAGGAGGAAUGUCAUUUGAGAGGCAUUGCAGCCUUGCCAAUAUUAUUGGUUUUACAAAAGCUACUCCUCCAUUUUUUCAUCUUGGUGUUCCUAUUUUCAUUGGGAGGCCUAAAGCUUGCUACUUUCUUAAAAUUGCAGAUUCCAUUAGGCUCAAGAUGGCUAUUUGGAAGGCAAGGCUCUUAUCUAUGGCAGGAAGAACUCAACUGAUUAAAUCAGUUAUCUUUGGCAUGACUGUGCACAGCAUCACCAUUUACAACUGGCCUAGCAGCAUUGUUAAGAAAAUUGAAGGCUGGAUGAGGAAUUUUGUUUGGAGUGGCAGCACAGAUAAGAAGAAAAUUAUAACUGUUUCUUGGAAAGAAUGCUGCAAGCAUCAUAAUGAAGGUGGUCUUGGUAUAAUUUCUCUUAGAGCUUAUAAUGCUGCCACCAAUCUGCAUCUUUGUUGGAGAUUUCUUAACAAUACUCAAAGCUGGGGCAAGCUUCUCAAGGCAAGGGUGAAAAGAAAUGGAGAUACUAUAAAAUAUGCCAUCAAGUCUUCCAUUUGGACAAGCAUCAAGGAGAUACAUCAAACUGUUUUAGACAACUGCAGCUGGUUAAUUGGCAAUGGAAGUAAUGUUAAUUUUUGGCUCGAUAAUUGGACUGGUGAGACAUUGGCUUCCAAAUUUCAUAUUCCAAAACAGUUCCACUAUGCCCUGACUUCCAUGGACGCGGUUCCUCAUCUCUUGAGCUCCAUUUCCAGUUUCUCCAUCCCUGAGGUGGACUUCCCGGAUUCUUUUGUUUGGAGGAACUCUACUUCUGGUCUGCUCACUAUCAAAGAUGCCUAUAAAGAAGUGAUCAAACCUAGGCCAUCGGUUUUAUGGACUGCCUUCCCUUGGGACAAAGACUCUCCUCCUUCCCACUCGAUGAUUGUUUGGAGAGUGAUCCAUAAGAAAAUGACAACUGAUGAAAAUAUCCAGCUUCGUGGCUUCUCGAUCCCUUCCAUUUGCAACCUCUGCCGGAACAAUUCUGAAACUAAUGAGCAUUUAUUUUUUAAUUGUUGUUUUGUUAAGAACAUUUGGAAUUGGUUGAAGGGUAUGCUGAACCUGAACUUUAAUAUCUGUGGCAUGGAGGAUUGUAUAAGAAUCAUUGAGAUGAACUGGUCUGCUCAAGCCAUGUUCGUGGUUAAAGCUGGCUUGGUGGGAGUGUUUUAUCAGGUUUGGAUUGCUAGAAAUCAUUCUAGAUUUGAGGACAAGCAGAUCCAUUGGAAAUACUGCAUCUCUCUUAUUGCUGCUCGGCUUACAAUGAUUGGAAACAGCACCAUAAGUACCUCUAAUUCCUCCUUUUCAAACUUCACUUUGCUCAAGAAUUUCAACAUCUCCAUCAAGCCUAGCAAGACUUUAACUACUGUUAAUGUAUUGUGGACUCCCCCUCUUCUGGGCUGGUUAAAGUGUAAUGUCGAUGGGGUGGCUUGUGGAUCUCUUUGGACCUCCGCGUGUGGAGGUAUAUUUCGCGACCAUAAUGCUCUUCAUGUGCUUAGCUUCAGUGCCUUCUUGGGCAAGGAACCUCCGGAAACCGUAGAAUUUCUUGCUGUUAUUAUGGCUAUUGAGAAAGCCAUGAGUUUGGGGAUCUCCAAACUUUGGAUUGAAUCCGAUUGCAUUCUCGUCGUUAACGCUUUUAAGAACCAUAGUCUUGUGCCUUGGAAAAUCAAAUCUCGUUGGCUCGUGUGUUGUGCGGAUUUUCUUGCCGGUAUAGGAUUAAGAAACAAAGUUACUACUUGGUUCAAUUACAUUCAUGAAGAUAUCAAAAAGGAUUACUUGCUAGAUAAGCAAGGCAUUCCUAGGAUUCGACUAUGUCGUUAA